AUGAAUCCACAUGAGCAUGGCGAUAUCGAAAUUCUCGUUAAAGAACAUCGAUUUCUUGUUUCCUCUUCAAUCAUGUCAGAAACAUCACCAGAGUUCGAGAAGCUCUUCACACAACACGCGUCGCCACGUGAGAGAAUCGAGCUGCCAGAUGAAGAUCCCGUGGCGUUCCAUCUAAUCUGCCAGUCGGCUCAUGGCUGCUUUAUCCCAAAUGCUCACAUAUCACUGGAAACGCUUCUCAAGAUGGCUGAUACUGUGCAACGGUACAAGAUCCCUUCUACGUCCCGUGUGCACCACACUGUAGCGUUCGGUUUUCUUGUGCGAACUUUAAGACCAGACACGCUAUCUACUGCCCAACUUCUGAUACUUCUUCACAUCGCGAAAGUUCUGGGUUCUGAAAAAUACGAGCAAUUCCUCCAAGACGUUUUCCUCCAUUGCCCGCUUCGACUGGAAGCAUUGAGCGCCGAGCCGCCUGCUGACAUUCUAGACAAAAAUUGUGUUAUAGUCUUGGCAAAUUUGAUGCUAAGGGUUGCUGCGUGCCGCGCAGAAGUGUCAAGUACGUUGUUGAGUGCAGGUGGAAACGAUGGAGCUUUCUAUGCUCAUCAAAAAAGUGACUUGGCUGUUUGGGUACUGGAAGAGAGCCCUAGCCUGAAGGAAAUAGAUGCUCGCAUCCAAAAUCUGAAGCGUUCCGUGGAUCUUCAGAGGGAUCAGCUCCAUGACGCCGGCGGAGCGAUCAGAGAAGCCACUGCAGAUAUCAACCGUUAUAUUCGCGCUACCAUUGAAGAUGGUCCAGGGCCGGAGGAAAUUCACACAAGAGAGAUUGUGAACCUAGACACUGGCCAUGAUGUCAAGCGAUUAGAAGUUCAGAUUGCGGAGGACCGGCGUGGGUCAAGGAACUCGGUCGAUGCUGAUGAUCUGCAUUUAGACGAUACUUCAUCUCAUGGCACAGCUUUUGAGGACAUCGAGGCUUACAGCGAACCUACAGGAAUCACUCUGGAUGGUUAUCUGGAUCAUGAGGACGCUGAGUCCGUGGCUUCUGCUCGGACAAUAUAG